CCCCCAGUGUUGCGUCAAUGUCAACAAACUCUCCGUCAUCAACCACUGCAAUAACCAUGUUGCUCUACUUAAUACGGGCAACCGGGGCUAUUUUCCCAAUUUAUGUGGGAUAUUUAACAAAACUUGGGUCAUCCUUGUUUUCUUAUCAUCCAUUCUUCAUGACAGUGGCUUUCACAGGUCUGAUGACGGAAGCCGUGUUCAUGUUCUCCGAGGCCAGUCUGGCGGCAGGAAGACGUCACAGCACCAAGAUAACGGCUCAUUGGUUUGUGUUGUUGCUGGUUGCUGUGGCUCACUCCCUCGGUUUUGCAUCUAUCUACAUUAACAAGGAGCUCAAUAAUAAGCCUCAUUUUACAUCGUGGCACGGUAGCGUAGGACUCGUCACGUCGGUGUUACUCUGGGCACAGCUGAGUGUUGGAGUAUUUGCCAAGUAUCCCAGAAUACUGAGCCGAGUCAUGCAAGCAAGGACGGUAAAGGCCAAUCACGGACUGUUUGGCAUGGUGGUUUUUUCUGCGGGCAUGAUAACAAUAGCCCUUGGACUGUGGAGCACCUGGUUUCAAAAUAAUGCUUCACAGGUAGUCAUCUAUUCUGCCUUAGUUUUACAUAUUUCUUUGAUGUUUAUAGUUUGUAAGAAAUUUAUUAAAAAGUAUGCUUGACUGUCUUUAAAACAAGGAACUACAGUGAAGUACAUUACUGCCAAAAUAACUUUUUAAUCAAUAUGGCCGUAGGUUUUUAAUUUUAUAAUAACCAUUUUUUAUAUAAACAUAAAUUACUUGUACAGGCAUAUUAAACACAAUGAUGAAUGGGACCAAUGUAUCAUCUACUGUACAAAUAUAUAUUCCGUAAUAUUUCCUGUAGUUAGAAAAUUUAUCAUGUUGAAAUUUGGUUGCAGAUGUAGCUACAGUAUUAUUGAUGAUGAAAUUAUAUAAAGUAGAUAUAUUUUUAUAUUGUAUAGUUGGAACAAUCAGCUGUGCUGUGAACUUUUAUAGAGGAACAGAGAUAAGAUCAUAAGAUUGGUUCCUCCAGCUUAUUUCACCUGAUGAUUACACACCUUAAUGCUACCUUGGGUUGGGGGUUAACUUAGGUCAGCAUCAGGGUGGUUAAUCUUACGGUGAAAUAAGUGAGUACAGUAUCAGGUUAUUCCACCAAACUCUCUUCAUAACCUAGAGAUUUCUACUUCAACAAUACACUUCUACUGUCAACUGGUAUGGGUGUAUCUCCUCAGCAGGGUGUUCUCUUUCCUAGUACUGUACACUCGCCUAAUGAGAAUGUCUGUGAGCACCAAAACUGUAUUGUUAAACUGUUUUUUUAUUUUUGUGUGUAGGUUGGUGUCACUUGGUGUAAUAUAUUUGCAGUGCUUCUUAACACAGUGGAUGACAAAAACUGCUUGUUUUUUCUUAUGUCAUCACUGAUAUUCAAACUUUAAAUACAUUUAUUAGAUUAAAUUCAAUUAAAUGAUUAAAUGAUGAGUCAUGUAUUACAUACAUUUACUGCUAAAACUUUGGACUGUUUGCAGCUAAGCUUAAACAUAUUCAGAUUAUUAUUGUCAAAAAUACUUUGCUGUUACCAGUAGCAUAUUUUGUUAGUUGUGUGUGAUGUUUUGUGAAUGCUAUAUUAUGUGGUAUUUCCUUUAUGCUUUAAGCUACUCUGUGGGAUGCAGUUAUAGCAUUAAGUUGGUGAACUAUUUUAAAAGUUCAGAGGUGCUUAACUUGUACAAACUUUAGUCAUAUACAGUAUAUAUUGUAGUUUAAACUGUGUGUGGUGUACUCUCGUCUUUACUGAACCAUGAAAGGUCCUGGUUUCUCCUGUCAAGUGUAAUGAUGUACACUCAUUCCAAAAAGUAUCUUUACGAUAUUGUGUGAGACAAUGCGACACAACGGACGAAGGAUAUUGACAACCCUACCGAGACAACAGGAGCCACAGUGUUCAUUUUGAGAUUCGUCAGAUCCUGGAUUCUUCUGUUGGUUAGUUAGACUUUACCAAAAUUUGAAUACACCUUUCUUACUUAAAAGAAUAUCCAUUUUCUAAUACAUAGGCAUACGUGUUACUUAAAGAAUAUUCAGAUUCUUCUACAAUAUCAUUCAUUAUAAGCAAGGAGAAUUUUGUACAAGUAAAUUUAUUGUCUUGUGUUUUGUGCCCAAAUGUAACAAGUGUCUGCUCUGAUUACUGUAUUUUUAUUAUAGACUAAACAAUUUGAACUUUUGUGUACAAGGUAUUAGGUAACUUGGGGUACUUGUCUAUGAUGUAGACUAUUGAGUUAAACAAGCAAGUGACCUGUGAUUAUUGUCAUUUUAAUAUGGUAGGGUCACUCAUAGUAGACCCACUUAGCAUGACGUCAAACAAACUGGUGCAGCAGCUUGUUUAAGAAUACAGAGGACAGAUUCAGGUCAUGUGAGGCCAGUAAUAUUCAAGUUUUUAGAGGACCAUAACUCACUACAGAGACCUGACUGAGAUCAUCUCUACGUGAGGCCAGUGAAAUAUAUUUGUUUUUAUUAUGAACAAUAAUUCAUACUGAUUUUUAAUAAAUUUUUAUGAUUUA